AUGAGGAGCUUCGCAGAUUUGGAGGGGGGUAUAGCAGCGACUGGGAUUCAUGCUCGCGAUUUGGAUGGCUUACGGGGUUUCGAUUUGCGCGUGUGGCUGAGCGGUCGUCGUUGGAGAGCGGAUGAUCUAUUAUCAGAUGCGUGUUUCAUCAUGGAUCUGGUGAGUGCUUCAGCGGGGUUUUAUCAACAGCCGGUACACGUGGGAGGGAGGCUGGUCAGACUGCUUGUGUGCGAGGGGGCGAACGAAGCAUCAGAGAGAGUCGUUGCCGGCACGACUGUUCCUCAAUUCUUCUUCCUGUUCUCACUGAAACACAAAGCUAUCUACCAAUUAUUAGUGAAUUGA